AUGCUUAUUGCUGUGAAUAAUGCCAUCAAGAAAUAUGAUAUGCUGAUUAAGCGCAGCCGGGCUGGACAGGCGGCCCGCGUGGCGCUGCACUAUCUCAACUACCGCCAGGGCUCGCCCAGCGCGCUGCGGGCACUGGGGCAGGUCCGGAAAGCCACGCUCAAGGCUAUCCCAGGAAUUGGACAUAAGUACUACCUGCAGUUCACUACAGAGGACUACAAAAGCAGUCAAGAUGUUGGGACCUGCCUUGCUACAGUACUCUACCUGAAGAGGAAACCUCGACCCGCUGUUAAUAUAAACUGCACAUAUACCAAAGAUCAGAAGCAAACUCGAGAAGAUGACUACAGCUUUUACAAAAAAAUGAGACAACAAACCAAAUCAAUCAUAGGAAAUGAGAUUCCUGACAAUGACGGAAAUAUUGAACCAGACUUGGAGCCAGUGUGGGCUUUGGCAGUUGCUGGCAGCAGUUACAUAAUGUGGGAAAAGUCAACAGAGAACUUAGGCUAUUUCAUGGCACAAGUCAAGAAUGUGAAGCAGUGGAUAACAAAAGAUGAUUCGACUGACUUUGACUACACAGUUAUACUACAUGAAAUUCCAACACAGGAAAUGAUUUCAUGCCAUCUCCGUGUUAUUUGGAUUCCUGGUCAUCCCCUGAAAGUGAAAUACUUCUGCUUGUCAGAGAACCAGUCAUCAGAAUCUGGAGAAGGGUCUGGAAUAGAAUCUGGGUCUACUACUGGAAUUUUCAAUGAGAAAGAAGCAAAUUUUUGAAAAGAUUAAUGUUGGCUUUAUAUAAAGAUUUUUAAAUGGAAAAAAUACCUUGCAAUACUAGUUUCAAUCAGUAUUGUGAUAACUCUUCUACACAAAUUGUGUUGCAGUAAAUGUGAAGUAUUUUAACUAGUCAACUUUCAUAAAAAAUAACUGUAGAAUUUCUUAAAUGAAUGUCACACAUUUUAUAUAUCUACUUAUGACAUAUAUACAUGCACACACAACACAAUUUAAUGUCACUAAGUUACUUAAAGUAACAGAAUGUGAACAAAUGUAAUAUAUUUGGGUAAAAGUCUUGAGGAAAUUAAUUUUUCAUUUCCAUAAGAAAAAUAUUUGUCUACUAAUUUUUUAAAUUUUUGAACAGGAAUGUUAUGCAUUAGUUUUUAACUUAUAUCUACAGUAAAAUAAAUACCAUUACAUUUAGAGGAAGCUGUGUUUUAUUUUUGCAUGACACUGAUGAUUCAUUCCUUACCCUCAGCAACUGCAAGCAAUCUCCAUCCUGGUUCCAAAUCUACAGCCAUUAAAGCCUACAGACUAGCCUAGGUGGCAUUUUUAGAAAGGACAACCGAUAUGGCAGAGAAAACAUUCUCUAUUGCAAACAAAAACAAACAUUAAAAAGACCAAUAAGAGCUGGAUGUAUUUUACUGUUCCGUGACCACAAGUUUUUUGCUGCAGAAGCUACUCCUUGACACAAAGUUAUACAAGUUUAGAAAAUGCAGUUUCAAGAAAUGUUUCUAGCACUUCUGAUUAUGAAAACAACUGUGAAAAUAUGGAGAGGGCAAAAACUUAAGGAGUAUUACCUUUCUCUGCAUGCAGACGGCCUGGAACAAUUUGCUCUAGAAAACUACAAAUUUGUCAGAAGAAAAAUAAGGAUAAAAAGACCCAGCAUGGUCUUUCCUAGUCUAUUUUUGUUUAUAGCAUGUAUGGAGUUCUGGUUAUCACCAUGAACAAAGAUGGAUAAACAGAAAAAGCUUUGUGCAGAUGUAUCCUCACAGCAGAGUUCCAGCAAAACACAGCUGCUUUCUUUCAAGUUACCCAGCUAGUACUCCCAGACUGCUUUUCCUAGUACUGUCUUUUUGCCCCAUCCUACACAUAUUAAAGUCAUUUUGUAAGAAGAUACAUAGUUUUCCAUGCCCAGCCUAGCCCAUGUGUUCUAGGUUUAGGGCAGGUGGGCUUUCCACUCAACAGGGCUGUACCUAGGAGGGCUUGGAGUCCAGGGCAAAUCAGCCUCCCAUCACCUGCUGCUCACCUGUCUCACCUCCCUGCCUGCCUCCUCACAACUUUAUUGAAGUGCAGGGCCCCAGCAAAGUGUAGGCCCGGGUAGUUACCCCAAUUAGCCAUACCCAACAGAUGGCUCUGCCCCUCACUGCCUACUCUUAAAUCCAUACCAAUCUGGACUUUAAUAACAAGACAAAAAACCAUUUUUAUUUAUAAAAAGUUAAAGGAAUUCCUUGUAAUAGGUGAGAUAUUAUGGUCUAAAUUACUGGUUAAAUUCUCCCAGUCAAAUGUUUUAAACAGAGUCAUCAAGCUGAUGGUGAUAAUUUAAAUUAACAAUAUUUAAGUCCAGAUUCAACAUUUAUUUUCAACGCUUUUCCACUUUGUGAGAAUGAAAAGGACCAAAGCAUUUUUUCUCCGAGAGGACGGUUGCCUCACAAACCCAGGAACAGCCAAUGCACUCAGACUAUUCAUCUACUGAAUGUAUAGUAGCACUACCUCUUUUUCCAUCAAAAUUGAGAUUGGUGACUGUCAUGAUUAUGAGGGUUAGCCAGAAGCCUGGGGAUUAAGGGGUUAACUACACCUAGCCAGGUGGAGUGACCAAUAAGAAUGUAGGUGGGACUUUUCAAA